UUGGUUUGUAAGUGAGAAAAUAUUAUCCCAAAAGUAUUUAUAUGUUAAUAGCAAAAUAUUUUUUAUGGUGACGAGAUGGGAUGAGUAGUGGGAUUUCGAGGGUGGCGCGAGGUGGGAUGGUCAAGGGGUGGGGGUGGUGGAUUAGGUGGGUGAGGAGGAGAGGUUGAACUAAAUGUUACUUAAGCAACUUGUUUUCCCUACUUUCAUUAGGGAAUUUAUUUUCCUCACUUUUAAGGAACUUGUUUUUGUAACAUUUUGACUAACCAAACAUAAGAAAAUAGGGAAACAUUUUCUCAAAAAUGUUUUCCUCCAUACCAAACAUACCCUUGUGAAAAAUGUUAAAGAUGAAGAAUGAGUUGGUGAUAUGUUUUUUAAUUUUUAGCGUUGUGUUUAUCUACUGAUCACCCAACAGAUGUGGGUUUUCUUGAAUGUUUUAGUUUUAUAUAUCAUCACAUAGAGAGAAUUAUGUUUUUGUGUUUCUUGACCUGUGUUGCACACUUAGUUGCGCGGACUCUGCAUUUUUGAUACCGCACCCGUGUCGGAUUCUCCAAAAAUACACUACUUUUGGCGAAUCCGAGACGCACCUGUUGAAAUUUUUUAAGAGUCCGAGUAACAUAGGUUGCAAGUCAUUGAAAAGGAACAACGAUUUGUUGUUGUCUGGAAUUUUGCAUUUAUUGGCAACAACUCCCUUAUUUACGGCUACCAAUGGAAAACACUUCUUUGUUUACCUGCUGUUUGGUAGAGCAAUAAUAUAGCAUUGGGCUAAGAUAUGAAGUAUAUCCUUAGAUCCGUGUUUGUUUGAUUGAAAAUGAGAUAUAUGAACUUAAUUUGAAAAACCAUUUCUGCGUGCAACUAGGUAACUUUCUUUCUGACGUUAUCUGUGGAUUGUAGGCUGUCCGACUACAUGCAAAGGACAGUUUGUUAUUAAGUUUCUUAUAUAAAUAAAACCUCCUCUAUGUUAUGGCAUGACAGUUGACUUGGAUAUGUCAAAAAUCAUUUAUAUUUGAAGGAUCCAAGAUUUGAUCUUUAUGGAUUUGAAGUCCAUAAUUCUUUGAAGAAUGGGUUCAAAACAUAGAUUUUUACGAAUGGUCUAUAUGAAAAAUUGUGGGGAUCCCUAUAGGCUAUAACUAUACAUCUGCCGCCAUCUAUUAGCACAUAAAGUGAAGUUAUUAACCUGUUGAUAUUUGCAAAUUGGACAAUAUCUGAAAUGCACCAUAAGCUUGCUAGUUUUGCUCCAAUCUAGUGUCAAUGCAUUCAUUUGGGAUAAGUGUACCUCCAUGAUUUGCCUUCCUUUAAUAAUUGCCAUUUGUGCAUCAUCCACCAACUUAUGAAUUGUUUCUUUUGAAAUCUUUCUGCUAGUAACUUCGAAAUGAUUUUUUUGAAGCUACCAGUCAAGCUUAUGGGCCUUAUCUCUCAGUUCCAAAACAAUUUUCUUCUUAGGAAUCAGAGCAAUAUUAUAUAAGUGAGGUUGAAGCCUUCUACAAUCUUCUUCUAAGUAACGGAAAAGAUCUAGGGUCUUCACUACGUCUUCUGUAAUCAUUAACCAUCAUGUUUCGUAGAAACUCAUGUAAAGCUUAUCUGAACCUAGGUGCUUUGUCACCUUCACAUGCCUUGCAAUCUCCAGAACUUCAUCUUCUUCAAAUGGUUUUAGGAGCCAUAUUUCUUCCUCCAUAAUUUUAGAGAGUCACCCAUGCUGAACCUAGCACUCCUGUUUUCCCCAUUAGCAUACAGGUUCUGAUAGAACUUCAAAAUUCAAUUUUGAUUUCCUUAGAAUCCUCCAUAGUUAUUCCAUUAAUUCUGAACUCCCAAUGUGGCUGUAUCUCUUAUGAACAUUUGCCAUCUUGUGAAAGAAACUAGUAUUAGUAUCACCUUGUUUCAACCAUAACAUCCUUGAACUUUAUCUCAAGUGACUUCUUCAUAUUUGGCUUUGUCUUCCAACUCCAUUUGUAAAUUGAUUAUAACAACCUCCUCUUGAAAUGUCUAGUUUUGUUAUUCUUUUCACUGUCUAGAUGAGUUAUUUAUGCUAACAGCUAGCUGCUGACUUUUCCUAUGAUCCAAACUUGAAAGUUACUUUUAUUCCACUCAGUCAUCUCCCUUUUAUUAGCAGCAGCUUCUUUGACAGAAUAAAUUUUGGUCUGUCUUUUUCUAUAUUCUGUCCACGAUUCUUUCACUUUAUCCACAAAUUCAGCUGGAUCUUACUUUUUCUUUGUUUGGCUCAAGAGCUCGGUGAGCUUAUAUAUGACUUCAACUGGGAACGCAUUUUACUCAACUGGAACUCAGCAAAAAUUUAGAUGAGCCGGACUAGUGGCUACUCAGUGCUCCAUACCUCUAAUCUGCAUCUUUACAUCUAUGGGCACACUAUGUUUAAAUUGUGGUGACAAAGGUUUCACUAACGCAUAUGUUUUCUGUGUGAAAUGCCUAGAAGUUGCUGUGCACCGCUACUGCCUUGAAAAUGUGACAUUUGAUGAAUUUGUUUAUUGGGUCUGCGAUGACUGUGAAGUGAAAGAGCUAGGCGAACUAAACAUCAAGAAAUCUGAUGCCAUCACAGUAGGAAAUAAGGAUUGCACUAGUUCAAGACAUUGUAAAGUGAGUUCUGAAGUAAAUAUUGAUGUUCCCGAGACAACAUUAAAGAGGUGUGAAGGUAGGCUUCAACAACUUCAGGAGCCACCUUCUCGGAUUGAAAUGGUAGAGCAUCGCCAGAUAGGGGGUGAUACUUCAGGCAUGAAGAUGAGCAAGAAAAAAUCUAGUCCUACCUCAUUGAGAGAUGAAAUAUAUGAGCCAAGACUAGAACGUAGCUCUUCUGAGCAAUCCCAUGAGUCACAGAAGAGCAUUGGGUGCAAUGAACGAACUCAAUCAGCUAAUGUUUCUCCAUUGCCAGCUAAGCAAUCAAAGGAAGAAGUUACUGCCCCACUGGACAAGCUAGCGAGAGAAAAUUUUCAAGCUUUCCAUUUGAAGAGAUCUUGUGAGGGAGAUGUUCAGCCUAGCGCACAGCGCAAGUCUUCUGGAAUGACUGAAAAAACAGAGAGUAUAUCAUCGUCUGGCAAUCAUCAAGAAAAGGAGUCGGUGCCUGGAAAAUAUAUAAGAUUAACACCUCAAAUUGGAACUGUUUUCAAUGAAGAGCCUUCUCAAUUUUUAAAAGGUGAACAGCCAAAUGAACCCCAACAUGCUGGCCAGGAACGAGCGUUGCCUCUUGUCGAUUUCAUUUGGAGGGGUAGCUUUAACAUACUGAACAAAGAGUAUGAGACAUUUGAUGGACUUUUAGCUCACCUAUCGGUUAAAGCAUGUCAAAAGGUUUAUGAAGAAGCAAGCUUGUUUCCAGCUUUGCUUCAACUGGAAAUGCUUCCAAAGUCUGAUGUAUGGCCUAAGAGUUUCACCAUAUCAGAGCCCACUGAUGAUAACAUCGCAUUGUAUUUUUUUCCAUCAGACACAAGAUGUGAAAAAGAGUUCGAUCAGUUGGUGGAGCAGAUGAUCGGCGAAGAACUUGCUCUACGAGCAACCGUAACAAAUGCUGAGCUUUUGGUUUUCACUUCUACAGAACUUCCCUUGCUAUACUGGAGAUUUCAGGGUAAGUACUAUCUCUGGGGUGUUUUCAAAGCAAAGCGAGAUUCCAGUGGGAAUACUACGAUGCCAAAUGGGAGGAGCAAACCUUCAACUUGACCAAUUCCUGUGAAUGAAUUGGCUGUUGUCAGAGAUGUCGCGAAUGCCAAAACAUGGGACAGUCGUUUUAGCCCUUUGAGAACCAGAGCAAACUUUGGGUCUUGAAGCGUCAGGUACUCUUGUUGUUUUGAUGUGUUCCUCUCACAUGUGUGACCUAGUAUGCUGUAUGCUUUUUAAUGCAUAUCUGGCGGAUGAAUGAGAAUGUGGCGAAGCAUGUUUCUUUUUAGAGCCAUCUUGUUGUGGAGUUUUGCCCCAUUGAAGAACCUAAUGUCCAGUGAAAGUUAUCUGAUUUAACAAGAGCCGUCUGUUUAGCAGUUAAUUCGAGGACCAGUGAGCUACGUAGAUGUUCAUUUCAAGUAAGAGAUAUGUAGGGAUGGCAAUAUCAAGCAAGAGAAAAGUUUUAACAUUUUCUCUUUGUUAAACCCCAUUUUUGGGGCUCAUGUUGUAUAUUCUGAUUGUAGAUGCAGGUUAUGUAAUAUUAAACUAUCUUAAAUGUAGGGAUGACAGUAAGAGUUGUGGGGGUUGCUUUUCUUUUUCUUUCUUUUCCUCCAUUUGUCAGUUUGCAUGUUUUACUUUCAAUGAGGCCUGUAAGUUUUGUUUAAACAAAUAAAACAAAAAUCAUAUGCAAUUCCACACAACUUACGAUUGCAGUGUAAUGAUCAUAGAUCCCUUCAUUCAUAAAGCAGACUUCAGAUGCUGGCAGUUGUGUAAAAUCCAA